ACUCGGGACUAUCGAUAGUAGUCACAAACAGAAUCCCGAUUCCAGCCGGCAUAUUCCGGAACGUAGCCUGCCUCUUCUCGAAACGUCAAUAAAGAGCAGUUGUUAAUCCGAUGGACAAGCGCGUCACAAUCCUGCUGCCCAACGCUCGGCGGCAGAAUGUGAGAGUGACGGCGAACAUGACGUUGCUGGAGAUCCUGGAGACGGCCUGCUCCAAGCACGGCUACGACGCGGAGGAGCACUGCCUUAAAUUCCACAACAAGGAGGUCGGAUUGACGCAGCAGUUCCGCUUCAGCGGGCUGCCCAACAAUUGUGUCCUAGAGAUGGAGCCCACAGAAAAGCGUCGCACUCUGAGCAAUGUCGUCGUCUGCGUCCAGUUGAACGACGGAUCCCGCCAGCAGGCCGACUUCUCACCCAACGACUCCCUGUGGCAGGUGGUCCAGAAGCUUUGCGAAACGCAGGUCAAAGGUUACGAGAGCCCUGUCAUUAUUUACAUGCGCAGCGAGGUCAUUGGCCAGGAGCAGAUGCACCAGACUACGCUUAAAUCCCUGGGUAUCUUGGAGGGCCGCGCCAUGAUGCGGCUAAUCGACAAGAAGCCCGAGGAUCUUAAGACCCAAGCCAACGUGUAUAAAGCUCCAGCAGCCAAAACUCCGGUAGAUAACGACGACCAGCCCAGCACCUCCCGCUCUGCAAUGGCAGCUAGUGGAGGAGGCGGAGGCUUUGCCCUCACCAGCAACAUGAUCAAGAAUCUGAAGCGCACGGCACCUGAAGAAAAUGCCUCAGGAAGUGAACCAGCCAAGCCCUCUGAAAAAUCUGACCAAGAACAGCAGCCACAGGCAGAGGCGCCCAAGUACGACUGGGGCAGUGGCUCCGGGUACUCCAUGCACCAUGCACCGGAGCAGAAGCAGGCCGAGAACGAAGCCGAGGAAAAUCCCGGGCGGGCACCGCCGGUGGUAAAUGUGAUUGGACCGCGACAAGCAGUGCUUUUCUCCCUGGACGAGACCGCGAAACAUGCCGACGACCUGCCGGACUCAUUCUUCGACCUGACCGUCAACGAUCUGAAAAUGGUGCUGCGCGAUUUGAAACGCACUUCGAGCGGAGACGACGACGCUCCCUUGCUGACGGCCAAGCUUAGGGAGCUCGAGCGACAGAAGACCAUGCUGGCCAAGCUGAAUCAGUACAAGGACUGCGUGCUGCGCAUCCAGUUUCCUGACCGAUUCGUCCUUCAGGGCAUAUUCAAGCCGCACGAGCCCCUGUCUAAGGUGGAAGAGUUUGUUCGCGAAUUCCUGGCCCAGCCUGGGGAGCAGUUUCACCUCUUUACCAUACCGCCGAAGAAGGUGCUGCCGACUAAUGAAACUCUUCUGGAGCUGAACUUUGUGCCCAAUGCCAUAGUGCACUUCGGCUUCCUCAAGGACUCGCUGAAUGCGGUGAGCAAUCGCUUCGUGAAGGAGCAGUACGUGGGGCAACUGACAUCCGAAGAGGGAGCUCACUAUGCCGUGCAAAAAUAUCGCCUCACCCGGGUCACGGCAUCGGGGACUAGCUAAUAGAUACAUGGCUUUAAGCGAACAGUUUGCGUGAUAUUAAAUGAAUCCGCUUUAUUUCUAUAUUUUCUAAAUAUUGUAUUACAUGUAAAUUGCAACAUGAAGGAAUAAGUUUA